UAACGAUUAAUUGAGGAAGCGCGGCACUCUGAAAGCGGCGGCAGCCAAACGGAGCCGAGGAACAGAGGACAGUGAAGACAGUUCUGUCCUGUCUUUGCCCCUCCUGAGGAGGCUCGUGGAAGAAUGGGUACUGUGCGGCGGAUGACUCUGAUUGGCCUCUUCCUCCUCGUCGCCGUCGUCGGAUUAGGAAUCCCGACCUCGGGGGCAGCAAGGACCGGUGACGAAUCGAAGAGAGUGAUAGAAGUGGAGGGGCCGGUGGUGUGGGCGGUGCAGCUGUCGGAUCUCCAUUUCAGCGUCCACCACCCCGACCGCGCCCUCGACUUCCGUCGUCUCGUGGGGCCCGCCCUCUCCCUCAUCCGCCCUUCCCUCGUCCUCCUCACCGGCGAUCUCACAGAUGGGAAGAGCAGGGAUUUGCUCACGAUGAAGCAAAAUGAGGAAGAAUGGGUGGAAUAUCAGAGCGUGAUGGAUGAUGUAAUACAAAGGAGUGGUCUUGACAGGACCAUCUUUUACGAUGUCAGAGGGAAUCACGACAACUUCGGUGUCCCUGCGGUUGGUGGUGCUUUGGAUUUCUUCUCCAAGUACAGCAUCAACGGGCGCCUGGGAAGGAGGAGCAACGUUAACAGUGUCACACUGCAGACCCCUGAGAGGAAACAUCUAUUUGUGGGACUGGACAGCUCUAUGCGGGUUGGUAUUCGGGGCCCGACAAAUCUUUUCGGGCAUCCCACAGAUGAAAUGUUGGCUGAGACAGAUGCGCAGCUCUCACAGUGGGACUCCCUCUCUGGGAAACCAGUGACAAAGAUAUCCUUUGGGCAUUUUCCGCUCUCGUUCUCUGCUGCCUCUGAUUCCGGGAAGACCCUUAAAGAGAUCUUUCUCAAGCAUUCCAUCUCAGCGUAUAUCUGUGGACAUCUCCACUCAAGGUUUGGCAAGAAUUUGAAGCGGCAUCACCGCUCAAGUGAUCGCGUUUUAUCCUCAGAGAGGUUCUUCCAGUUAAAUAUGAAGCCACAGGCUUCUGCUACAACUCAGAACUGUUCUCUUGGAGCUCCCCCGGCUGAAGAAUUCUGGGAAUGGGAGAUGGGUGAUUGGAGAAAGAGCCGAAUGAUGCGUAUUUUGGCUAUUGACGGUGGUCAUGUUUCAUACAUGGACAUUGACCUUAAAUCAGGGCUUAAAGAAACCAUCAUCUUGCCAACGUUUCCCCUUGAUUCCCGCUUCAUGUCCACAUCUUUGUCCCAUCGCACAUAUGAAUGUGAAUUCAUGGUUCCUUCGUCCCAUGAGACAAUCAGAGCACUUGUGUUUUCCAACUCUCCAAUUGCGUCGGUGAUAGUCAGAAUCUUUGACCUGAGAGGUGGGGAUUUUUCCAUGGUGAUGGAUUCACAGAUGACCAAGCGUGAGGAUAUCACCUCUGGAGGAGCUCUUUACAGUGCUCCAUGGAAUUACCGGGCUUUCGAAGAUCCCUCUCCCGAUAGAUAUUGGCUUCAAAUCAUAGCUAAUGACGCUAUGGGUAGGCCAACCUUCACUGACCUGAGGCCAUUUUCUAUCAACGGCCUGAGUGCUCACCGCUCUUGGACAUGGAAGGAGUUCUUUGUCAUGGGUUGUCAAUGGGCUGCCCUUUAUGGCCCCAUACUUUGGUCUGUAUUUUGUUUUCUAUUCUCCCUGCUUCUCAUUCCAAAAGUGCUCUGGCUGUGCACGAACAAGCAGCUCACUUAUGCAAGUUCCCUUGCUAAUAAAAGCAUCUUCAGUGGAGUGGCAUGGAUUUUACAGGAGCUCUGCAACAUUCCUGUCGUUUGGUUUGGUUUCCUCGGAUAUCUGUUCUUCCUUCUCUUGUUCCCCUGGUUUAUCGGCCAAGUAUUUACUAAUGGUGGGAAGGGAUACAUGACCUAUAAGGGUUGGGUCGUGAAAAGCAUCAGUCAAAGAGGAGGAAAUUUUUUUCUAGGACACCCCGAUAUCAUGGUAAUUGUGAUUCCUCAUCUGGUCUUUGUGGUCUUGCCUGCCGUCUUGGUUGCUGCAGCUCUUGCUGCUGAGAGGACCCGUUAUCAGGAAAAAUUUCGAACUACUAUGGAGAAAAAGGAAGAUGAUUAUAGUCUGCUGCACAAGGGAUCUGUAAAGCAUGAUAUCCAAGGAAGUAGAACGUCAAAGUUCCGGUUUGGCAAUCGGUGGACGCAGAAAUUCCUUUUGGUAGUUUGCUUGGGAAUUUUUUGGAAGCAUUUCUCGAAUUGCAGGGCUCUCAUCAAAGCCUAUGAGAUGAACCCGUUUUUCCAUUUUCCAUUGUACAGCUUCUCGGUGCCUCUGUUGCUGGCCUAUUCUAUGUACGAUACAGGAAGAGUCGGCUAGAGCAUUGAAGAAGCAGAAGAUGCUGGUCCUCUUUGCGCUGAGGAUUGUGGGGAUGAACAUUGCCCUUGAAUGUGCUUGGAAGCAUGCCCGCUACGGACAUGCAGCGGGCUACUUUAGCUCAAAGAAUGGACUGAUUCUUGGCAGACGAGUUAAAGACAGGUCUUUGCACACGAUCUUAUUUUUUUAUAGCUCUAGGAGACCACAACGAAGCCAGUGUUGUAUUUUUGGAAGUUGAUAUAUAACUUAGCAAAAGCAUUUUGAUUUAACCCAAAAAGCUAACGUUUCAAUUAGAGAGAUUCCUAAGCUCUUCAUUGAUAGCGAUCCUUUCCCCGUCUCCUUUUGGUUUUUGUUAUUCUGAUUUAUUCUUGGUGAUAGAAUGAUCGUGUACAUUUGUACCAUUUGGUUUUAUUUGCCUGGCUUGAAAUUUGAAGUAUAGAAGCGAUUGCAA